AUGUCGUGGGACCUGCUCAAGCGAUUCAUCGAGAGCGAUGUUUUCAACCAGAACCCGUUCCUUUCGGUGGCAUACCUGUCACGCUACGAAGACCACGUCGGCAUCCACUAUGUGCUCUGUUCGAAGCUCCGCCAGUUCAGCUACGAGGAGAUCGAGUUCUUCCUCCCGCAGCUCUGCCACCUGAUAAUCAGCGUCGAUAACGAGUCCAUGGCCCUCGAGGAGUUUAUCCUUGACCUCUGCGAAGAAUCCGUCAACGCCGCCCUACUGACAUUCUGGCUUUUUCAAACCUACCUCCAUGAUCUCUCCACGAACCCGCAGUCCGAAGCCUUUAAGACCUGCAGGCGGAUUUCUAACAAGGUGCAGAAUAUUGUGUUUGGGGGUGUCGAGCCGGGAAGGAAUGAAAAGAUUAAGGAGAAUGUCCUGCCAGUGACGGUGCUGGCCAGUUUCGUGCUGGCGAGUGUUGCCGUGCCGUUUCUCCCAAAAUGGGCGGGUCCGCUUGCAAUUGCUCAGGCGCGGAGGCCUCAGUCGACCGGAAAUGUGAUUUCGGAUGCGAUUCAGACGCAGCAGAAGCUCGUAAGGAGCAAUACUACGACGCCGGGAUCGACGAGGUCAAGGAGGUUAAAAGACGCGUCCAGGGGUUCGAAGACGCCUGUCAAUGGUACUUUCCAUACGGACGCUCGACCAAAACCAAGUAGGACAAGUUCAGGGACGAAUCUCAGUAGCACUUUUCCUCCGGAUUCUCGGCUGAGAGGGGACAGGAGUUAUUCACAUUCGCCUAUCAGUAAUGAUUUCCACGCGGAUGCUGAGCUAAAAACGAGCAGGUCGCCUUCGCUUGAGCGGGCGUCGUCUUCAAAUUCGAGCAUGCUGCAGCCUAUAGAUCCCCGGCCUCGACCACCACAUCUUGAACUUCAAACAACGGAUCCUAGGCUCAGCUCCACCUCUCUGCCUUUACCAGAAGUGUACGAUUCGCAGAGAAUGUCACCUAUAAGGCCCGCAACACCAGCGACGGCAGGUCUGGCCCAUCGGUCGACGGAGCAUGUCUACAAAAAGCAUGUUGCUCGGCCGCUAACACCCGGGGCAUUAUCUGAGGCGCAAAAGAUCAAGUUGCUGAGACAGAACUAUUUCAGGUGCCAAACCCAAUUUUUAACAGCGCUGGAGGAUAUAUCCACACGUCUGAUUCUCGUACCGAAAGCAGCACGGCUGAGUGCAUUACGUGCAGAGCUCGCUUUAAUAGCUCAGGACUUGCCGGCUGAAGUGGACAUCCCCGUAAUAUGCCCGGCUUCACUAGUUGAUGGCAUUCCCAGUAAAAGUCGGCAUCAUAGAAUCGUCAGACUUAACCCGGCAGAAGCUACUGUCUUGAAUAGUGCAGAGAAAGUGCCGUAUCUGCUCAUGGUUGAAGUUCUAAGAGACGACUUUUCAUUCGAUCCCUCGGAAGCAGACAAUGAAAGAUUGCUUGGUAGACUCUUGUCAGAACAAGGGUCAGGUCGAAGGAGAAUUUUCGACCUCUCGGAAUCCGCGCAUACUCCUAACGGGACCAAGAACACCGAGGUAGCUACGGACAGCGUAUUUGAGCCUGUCUCGGGGGAUCUGGGAAGCCCUUCUCUGGUUAGGGCAACUGAUGUUCUCCAGGAAAAAGAGAGCAUGUCAAGUUCUGGACCGCCGCGGCUUUCCAGUGGUGCUACUACUUUGUCUACAGCGUCUGGUCUCGCUACGCCUAGAUCUUCGGGGGCAUCAACGUCAGGGUCGAGUAGUCCGAGCAGGAAGAUGACUAUACCCUUGCCUGGCCGCUCAGGAGCUGCGGAUCAACCUGAUUUCUCUGCGCUGGCGACUCACAUGCGGAUGGCAUCGCAGAUGUUAGCGCAAUUGGAUUCAACUAGCGGGAAGCGUCCGAAGCACGAGGUGGCGGCUAUCCGAGCCAAGAUCAUCGCCAGUAUGCAGAGUCUGGAAGAGCAAAGCUUCGAGCCGGACGAUGGGACGCAUCCCCCUACCUUUGACACGAUCAUGGCGAACGCCACUGCUACUUCUACAAACGUUGUACCGGAGGAUAUAGAUGAAGGCACUACAACAGAUGUUCCUUUGAAUACCGAAGCAGGAGCUGCCCGCAUGGAAAAUGACCAGAAGACUGGUGGUGUUCAGAGAAAAGGUGAUAGAGACGAUCCCAGCGCUGCCACGUUUGGAGAAGCGUGGAACGUGAAGAAAGAGCGGAUACGGAAAUCUUCGCCGUAUGGGUGGAUGAAGAAUUGGGAUGUACUGAGUGUCAUUGUCAAGACUGGCGAUGAUCUGAGACAAGAGGCCUUUGCUUGCCAACUGAUUCAAGUGUGCGAUAAGAUCUGGCAGGAUGCGCAGACGCCCGUUUGGGUCAAGCGGAUGAGGAUACUGGUGACUGGAGAAUCAUCCGGCUUGAUUGAGACCAUCACAAAUGGCGUCUCGUUACAUUCAUUAAAACGAAGCCUCACCCUAGCCACAAUCGAAUCUGGACAGAAUCCCCGAAGGAGGAUCGCAACGCUGAAGGACCACUUUGUCAAGACAUUUGGACCCCCCGAAUCUGAAGCCUACCAAACCGCACAAAGCUGCUUCAAGCGUUCCCUGGCAGCCUACAGCAUCAUCUCCUAUAUUCUCCAACUCAAAGACCGCCACAACGGGAACGUCCUUGUCGAUAACGAAGGCCACAUUAUCCACAUCGAUUUUGGAUUUAUGCUCUCCAACUCCCCCGGAUCAGUAGGCUUGGAAGCUGCACCCUUCAAGUUGACGCAGGAUUAUGUUGAUGUGCUAGGUGGUGUUGGAUCGCCGGCUUUCGAUGACUACAAGAAAUUGUGCAAGCGGGCUUUCCAAGCUCUUCGCCGUUCAGCAGACAACAUCAUCGAACUUGUCAACAUGAUGGGCCGUGCAUCCAAAAUGCCUUGUUUCUCGUACGGCGUCUUGCAAGCGACCAACAGUCUGAGACAGCGAUUCCAGCUGCAGCUUAGCGCUGACGAGGCUGAGCAGUUCGUCGAGACGGACUUGAUCGGGAAGUCUUUGGGGAGUUAUUAUACACGACUAUAUGAUACUUUUCAGUACCGCACACAGGGUAUAUACUAG